AUGCCAGAAAAGCGCAGAGCUGUUCGUGGAGUAUUUAUCUACACCUACGAUGACAAUUACAAUGGAAAAGAAAUUGAAAUGCAUGAAUUGAACCCACAAACAUUCAAAAAAUUAAUAUCUUCUAAAGAUUAUGUUGGAAAAUCAGUUGCAAUUAAGAGUGCAUUCAAUCUGAUUUCAUUUUUUGAUGGACGAUGCGAGGCAACUAUAAGUUGUAAACCAGAAAUUCAUGAGUGCACAGAAAGACCAUGUGAAUGUACUACAACUACAACAACUUCAACAACACCUAGAACAACUUCAACAACACCUAGGACAACUUCAACAACACCUAGGACAACUUCAACAACACCUUCAACAACUUCAACAACAACAACACCUUCAACAACUUCAACUACCACAACACCUUCGACAACUUCAACAACAACAACCUCAACAAAAAGAACCACAAAGACAUAUAUCCCUCCACCUGGUGUUUCUCGACAGACAUACACUCGCUGGGCUGGAUCUUAUAGAAGAUAUACAGGACAUUAUUCAUUUGGAUACUCUUGGAAACCGUUUACUGGUGGAAAUUCAUGGAGAACAAGACGAUAUUCAUCAGAAACAACGACAACAACUGAACGAUACAGGCAGAAAGAACUUAAAACAGAAUUUAAUCCGAUUGAAAAUAAUUGAAUAAGUUUUUAAAAUAUUAGCAGAAUUACAACA